CACAAACCCGUCAACGCAAACCCCCUUCGAAUUCCACAUAUUUUCAAAAUCCCCUUUCUCUCUCUACAAAUCGACGUUUCCGGUGUCCGUUCGUGCUUGUCGCCGUUUCUCCGGCGAGUAUUUUCGUUAUCGAGGAUAAGCUACCGGAUUUAUUCUAUUUGAUCUCUGAUCUAAUAUAGAGCAUUUAUAAUGUCGGUUAAAACUGUUAAAGUUAGCAAUCUUUCAUUAGGGGCUUCUGAGCGAGAUGUAAGGGAGUUCUUUUCUUUUUCUGGAGAUAUUGUAUAUGUUGAGACACAGAGUCAUAAUGAGCGUACCCAAAUUGCGUUUGUCACGUUCACAGAUUCUCAAGGAGCAGAGACUGCUGUUCUUCUCUCGGGUGCAACAAUAGUUGAUACGACUGUCAAUGUAACUCUAGACCCAGAAUACCAGCUUCCACCAGCUGCUACAGCUGCUUCUCCACCAUAUGGAAGCAAUGCUCCUCCUGCUGGAGGCGAAUCUGCUCUGCGUAAGGCCGAGGAUGUUGUGACCAGCAUGUUUGCAAAGGGAUUUGUGUUGGGUAAAGAUGCAGUGGGUAAAGCAAAAACCUUUGAUGAAAAACAUGGUUUAACUUCCACAGCAUCUGCUAAAGUUGCUUCUUUAGACAAGAAAAUUGGAUUCACCGAAAAAGUGAACGUGGGUACGUCCAUCGUGAGCGAUAAAGUCAAAGAAGUUGACCAGAAACUUCAGGUUUCCGAGAAAGCCAAAUCUGCCUUCACAGCAGCUGAGAAUACCGUAAGUAGUGCAGGAUCUGCCAUCAUGAAGAACAGGUACGUGUUUACCAGCGCUUCUUGGGUAACGGGUGCUUUUAAUAAAGUGGCAAAGGCAGCCGGGGAAGUCGGGCAACAAACGAAGGAGAAAGUUGAUAAGGCUGAAGAUGAAAAAAGACGGAAAAUGGUGGACGAUUACGCUCACGUUCAUUUGUCCGACUCUCCAAUGGCCCCGGAUUCAACCGAGCAACAACGCCCUUCCAAACCUGCACCAGUCACAGGUUUGGUUCUCUAGCAUACCAACCAAGUCUAUCUAUAUAUUAUUUAUUUGGAUUUAAAAGUGGUGAUUAUACAACUUUUUAUAUCAUUAAGACAUGAUUUUUUUCCUUUAAAUUGUCAUGAAUUUGUAAUGUACAACUAUUAAUUCUAUAUGCUUCUAAUUCAUCAAGUGCUAUUCGUGAUCUUUUGAAAUUA